UGGCUUGCAAUUGUCGUUGUUUUGGACAUUGUUUGUGGGAGUCUACAGUCUUCUGAUUGAUAAAUUUGUGAGUUUUCGCUUUAUACAGUUUGUGUUCAAAAGGAAAUGACGGGAAAUUCUCCUGAACCAGAUUCUGGUCGUUUGCCUGAUAACAUAGACGAAAAUAACUCUGUUCACGAUGAGUUUAACAGUGAUUUUAACGAAAGAGAUCUGACAGAAAUAGAAGACACUGCUGCUGAAGAGCAACAAAUAGGAGAGAAUGGAUAUGAACUUCUCCCUACUUCCCUCUGUGAAGAGGAAGAUGAUGAUUGUGUGGAAUUUGGAUACAGCACUUAUGAUGGACAAGAAUUCCAGAUCAGAACAAGCCAUAACUAUCACAACCUUGUUACAAUAGAAAAUCCAACAUCUGCUCCUGCUGUUACACCAAAUGAUAAACCUAGCAUUCCACUUGACACAACACAGAUUGAAACUAUAAAAUCAAUAAUGUCAAAAGUAACUCUCCCAAGUACAGCUAUUCCAGUUUGGGCUCACUCAGUCAGUGAUGACCAACUUAAGCAAGUUGUUGAUGAAAAGGUUAAGAAGGGAGUAGAUGAGGCAUGGGCAGUAUUUGACUAGUAAAAUUGUUGAUUUAUUAAAUAAAAAAUAAAUUCUUGUCUUCAUUA